CACAGCGACAGUUUCCUGAACUCAUUACUUCGAAGUAUCACAGUCAUACAUUUCUCAUAAACGUAUCUGUUUUAUUCACAUGCAUGCAGUAAAGUAUUCUACAGUAUUUACGAUAUUGUCAAAAAGCAGUAAAUGCAGUAGCGGAACUGGUGAUGAUAGACUAUUCAAUAUUGUCUCUAAAGACAGAAAAUCCUGCUAAACUGUUUGCAUCCGUGGUCAUAUGUGCGCUGUUUUCAUCAGGAGCUCCACUGUGUAGGCAAUAUGCAUCGUAAAACCGUCAUCCUGUUAGGUGUCGUAGCUGUUUUGUGUAUUCUUGGACUGAUUCUUGGGCUGUAUUUCGGACUAAAAGCAUCUGAUGAUGCCAAAUUAAACAACAUAUUUCGUGAUUCCUUCAGUGUAUCCUUAGACAUCGAUACAGUUGAAAGGAGAGAACUUGGUUCUAAAAAGGUGUACCUAAAUGUCGAAUGGAAUCAUUCUAAGAAGCAAAUUAACUUUAAACAAACAGAAGUGAUUUCUUCUGACUAUGGUUUUGACUUCCAACACGUUUUCACUGUGGCAGAUGAUAAAGCGACUGUUGGUAUUUCUGGUGCGAAUUCUUCAUUGGCAUUUUGUGUCGAGGAAAUAUCUCUAUCACAGUGGUUUGGAGUUUUUCAACACAUUGUGACAGAGGAUAAUUGGCUAAGAAGUUCGCAGUCAGAUGGAUGCCCUGGGAACAUUUGGUCUACGAAACAAAACGAUAAUACCAUUACAAUAUGCACUAACGAUAACCGAUUACAAUAUGUUACGUAUCAGAGUAGUCGCGCCACAGUUACCAGUUGGACGAAAACAUUCGAAAAUGACAUCAAUAUAGCAGCGGAUGUAAUGAACGGUCCGUGCCCCAUUGCUAGUCCUGUGCAUCUAAAUUGCAGUAAUGCUGAGGAUCGACUGAAAGUCAAAAGGGAUACUGGUGUAUCGGCGGCCACAUGUUUGUUUGUGCAUGGAACUGGUCAGAGCCCCCCUGUCAGUGCUGUCCUGAGAGAUCUACCCGGUUAUUGGGGUAAUGUUAAAAGUUACACUUCGAACUGUGUUUCUCAUAAAUUCCUUCAUUAUAACAGUAAGUCCAACGGCUGGGAUGUGAACAAAUUACACCAGCAUUUUUGCGAUAUUGCCGCUCAAAACGGAAUUAUAAGUAACACAGUUUUGUUUUCACAUUCUAUGGGAAACUUAGUAAUCGCAGCAGCCCUGCACCGUAAAAAGUGUACCUUUGACAACAACACCAGUAAGUGGUUCUCCGUGCAAGGUCCGUGGAAAGGAAGUGUUGCAACCAACACUCUUCAAAAUAUUUGCAGAAAUCCUAAUUAUUUUGAGAAGUCAUUACGAUCUGUAUUGCGGUGGAAAGGGUAUUGUAAACCUACUGAAGAUGCUGAAUUCGAAGUCUACACGACACUUAAAACAAAUUACGUGUCGUCUACCGGUAUUCGUUUUGAAGAUCUAGUAAACGUGGGCAGGAAAUAUGUAACCGGCGUGAUGUGUGGAACAAGCAGUUGGGGACAGGGCAGUGAUAACAUAGAUGAUUACAUAGAGAGCACUGCACUUUGGGCAAUGCAGAAAUAUAGCGAGCUGGGAAAACCCAAUGAUGGAAUGGUUGCGUUCGAUAGCUGCAAACUGAGGACGAAUGUAGUCUUCGGAACCGGAAGCUCCAAUCGAUAUUAUAAAAACAAAUUUAACCACGCAGACGGGACAUGCAGGCAUGGUGGAUGUCCUUGUAAGUGGUAUGAACAUAUGCAUUGAUUAGUUGCAUCUUUUGUUACAAAAAAGAGUUGUGGGUGGUUGGACAUUUGAGACAUCAGUGAUAACGCACCUAUGUUGACACGUUAAACGGGGAAACCGAAAAAUCAAUAAGUCACACAAUUGCUCGCACUACCUGCUACAGACACGUGUGAGCAUAACGCCAUGUUAUUUUUCUUCGAUAUGCCUGAUCCACAUGAGCUUGAUAUGUUCUCCUGAAACUUGCAUUUUACGCAUGUUUUUUUUCCGAAAUAAAAAGGCGGGUUAACAAAUUAAAUAUAGAAACAAGACCCGUGGAUAGCCAUGAUACAUUUACAAUUGAUCAAGUGACUUUCAUCCCAUUGCACUAGAAAAGUGAUUAACAGGCCUGUGAAAUAUCACUGGAUUUGCUAUUUACAUGGACUUUAAAUGAUCUUCCGUGUUGCAUGGUAGCGGAGAUUGUUGUGGUGUUAUUCAUGUAAAUGAGACUUUAUGGAAAUGUGCACUUUUAGAGACCUUUUGUCGGCGAUUUGUCACGCUCUGUUGACUAGAGAUAUAUAGGAUAGCAUAUAACACAGCACCCGUACACCUGCUCAACAUGAAGGAAAACUGAGUCGCCAGCGACACUGAUACAUCUAGAUCUUUGCACGGAUCUGAUACGAUAACAUCUACAUACAAUGUAAAUGGGAUUUCCUACUUUGCGUAUUCCAAGAAAACGUUAACACGAAAUAGAAUAGUUAAGGACUAUUGGACUUACUAAUGUCAGCCAUAUUGGGGUUACAUGUAGAAGGACUAAAAACUCUUCAAAAAUUACUGAUAAAAAACAAAAAUGCACUCAAUGUCUAUGGUAUGAUAUAAAACACAUAUUUACUAUACCAAGAAAUUCAUAAAUGUGAAAAUUAAAUUAAAAACUGACUUUGAAGUGGAUUCCAGAAAUGUUUCAAAAUCUCAGACACCACCACAUGUUAAAAUCUGAUUUAUCAAUAUUCAUAUUCUGACAUCUUCCACCUAUGCAUAUUUACAAAUGAAAUGUAAUUACGCUUCCGUAUAUUAGCAUUUCAGUCAUAAAUUUCAACCAAGGGUCAAGUCAAAAUGGCUUCACUGAGAAGCCAUGUUGCUUACAUAAAAGUAGUUCCAACUAGUAGAAUGCAAAAAAUGCAUAGGAGUUAUUCCCCUUGACAUGUUUUAUCUCAUUUCUUUUACAAUUUUGAAUGCUUUUAGGCAAAAAAAAUUAAUGUAUUGUUUCUGAGGAACACUUUUCCACAAAGGAUGAGGGAGGGAGGUAUUUUUUCAUCCCUGAAAAUGUGAUGAUGAUGGAAGGAUUUUUGUUAUUAUUAUUUUCUUUCCACACAUGUAUACGGUAUAUGAAAUGAAUAAUAAAAAUCAUGUAUUCUCCAA